GAUGGGGAAUCCUCGUCACGGGGCUGGCCCCUCCCCACAGGCUGGCCACCUCCUCUACCUCCUCCACUAUAAAGCCUGUCGGGUUCUCAAGCACCUAGACUCAGAGCACCCCACCUCGGGGGCCGGUAGGACAGCCAAAAUGCUCAGCUGGAAACUGCUGGGGCUCCUGGUCCUUUGCCUGUGUGCCGGAGGCAUCUCAGGCAGUGGGGACCCCUCUCCCAGACCCACAGAAGCCCAAGAAGAAGAGGACUCCCCAGCCUCGCCUCUGGGCCCCCCAAUCCCUGGUGACCCGUGGCCGGGGGUACCUCCUCUCUUUGAUGAACCUCUGCCUCCAAGCCCUAACCGUCCCUGGAGAGACCUGCCUAAUGCUGGGGUCUGGCCCCCAGAGCCCCCUAGCACGGAUCCCCCUCACCCUCCUCUGCCGGAUGACCCCUGGCCAGCAGGAACCCAGCCCCCAGAAAACCCCUGGCCACCUGCCCCUGAAACGGACCACGGAUCCCAAGAGGAGCCUGACCUUGACCCACCCCAGGAAGAGUACAGAUAGGGAGGGGCCCCAGGGAAUUUGAGCUUCCUCGGUGCACACCCUCUUUCCUCUGCUGCCCCCCUAAAAAUCUCAAUUUUCCCAUCUUUCGCAGCUCCCUUCCUAAGUCUCUGCUUGGAUUGUGUUCAGGUGCACCUGUGUUCUGCAUCCGCCCCCCUUCACCUCGAUGUCCCUGUUCAGCCCCUCUGCCUUUCUUGGGCAAAAUAACAUAAAGCACACUCGUAACUCACCCAACCUAUUCCCGCUUCCUCUACCCAGGGUGUCCAGACCUGGACCUCCAGGGAGGGCCUGAGCACUGUGCCCCCUACCGCCUCCUGGUGGCCUUAGCUGAAAUGACAGUUGACCAGGAUGGGGCUUCCAAUGGGAUAAUAAAAGCCAGGUGUUUUUCCUGUA